AGCGCGAACAUCGUAUAGUAUCGCUAAAAAAUAGUAGCUGCUAACGUGCGCUGACAACUCCCAAUUUCCGAUCGGAGGCUUAAGUACCCUCGCUGGCCAUUUGAGGGGUUCAUCUCCUCACUCUUCAAUGGCGUCUCAAAACCCUAACGAGUCUCUUUCCGUCUUCUCGAACAUCGCUCAGGCUCCUGAGGAUCCGAUCCUUGGGGUGACGGUUGCGUUUAACAAGGAUCAGAGCCCAUUGAAGGUUAAUUUGGGGGUUGGAGCUUAUCGAACUGAGGAAGGAAAGCCGCUUGUUUUGAACGUUGUGAGAAAAGCGGAGCAGCUUCUUGUUAACGAUCAGUCACGUGUAAAAGAAUACUUGCCAAUCACCGGAUUAGCAGAUUUCAACAAACUGAGCGCUAAGCUAAUAUUUGGAGCUGACAGUCCUGCAAUCCAAGAAAGUAGGGUGACCACUGUGCAAUGUUUGUCGGGUACUGGCUCGUUGAGGGUUGGAGGGGAGUUUUUGGCGCGGCACUAUCAUGAACGCACUAUUUAUAUUCCACAACCAACAUGGGGAAAUCAUCCAAAAAUAUUUACAUUGGCAGGGCUUUCUGUCAAGACUUAUCGCUAUUAUGAUCCAUCAACCCGUGGGCUAAACUUUCAAGGCUUGUUAGAGGAUCUCACUGCUGCAACUCCAGGAGCAAUUGUCCUUCUUCAUGCAUGUGCACACAACCCUACUGGAGUAGAUCCAACUGUUGAUCAGUGGGAGCAGAUAAGGCGGUUGAUGAGGUCGAAAGGGCUGCUGCCUUUCUUUGACAGUGCUUAUCAGGGCUUUGCUAGUGGAAGUUUGGAUGCAGAUGCACAAUCUGUUCGCAUGUUUGUUGCUGAUGGUGGAGAAUGCUUUGCAGCUCAAAGCUAUGCAAAGAAUAUGGGUCUGUAUGGAGAACGUGUUGGGGCACUGAGCAUUGUUUGUAAAAGUGCUGAUGUGGCAGGUAGGGUUGAAAGUCAGCUCAAGCUUGUAAUUAGGCCCAUGUACUCUAAUCCUCCGAUUCAUGGCGCAUCCAUUGUGGCAACAAUUCUUAAGAACAGUGAAAUGUACAAUGAAUGGACCAUGGAGUUGAAGGCCAUGGCUGAUCGGAUAAUUAGCAUGCGCCAACAGCUUUUUGAUGCUUUACAAACAAGAGGAACGCCAGGUGACUGGAGUCACAUAAUCAAGCAGAUCGGGAUGUUCACUUUCACAGGGCUUAAUAGUGAACAAGUUGCAUUCAUGACAAAAGAAUAUCAUAUUUACAUGACUUCUGACGGGAGGAUCAGCAUGGCAGGAUUGAGCUCAAGGACUGUUCCCCAUCUUGCAGAUGCCAUACAUGUAGCUGUCACUAGCAUGACCUGAUGAUAUCAGUGGUCAUGGAUUGUGGCUUAUCUGCAUUUGUGAACUGGAGUCCAUUCAACCGCUACAUAAGUUGGAAAAAUCUCGAUUUUGUUGUGUUAAUUUAUCCUGUGUAAUAAAUCCAACUUGACUGAAGCGUAGAAGAACACACCAAAGAAGAGUCGAUAAUAUUACUGAGAUUUAUUGAGAAGGGAACAUGUCAUAUCUAUAUUGAAGUCUGAGAAUGUUCUCUGUAGAAGCAUGUGUUUUGACUGCACGUCGUAUUGGAAGAGGUUAGGGGUGUUCUGGAUAAUGUCUUCCGUUCGUCAGUUAGAAUAAAUUUCCAACUGGAUUAAGUCAGCUAAUGUAUGUUUCAGCA